AUGGGCCAGCAGCCCUCAAAGGGGGCAGAUGGAAGCAAAACACCGCGGAAUGCCUCGUCUACGUCACUCGAUAAGACCACUGAGGGUCUCAAAUCAUAUCCAUCGUUCAGCAAAUCAGACACAAAGGAGUCCUCCCGUUCAUUCAGAGGUCUGCGCUCGAAGAUCCCAGGCGCAAAGACCGAUAGCCCUCGAAGCUCUUUCUCUCAAAUAGACACCACAGCUGGAGACUUGGAGCGUGCAGAUACAGGAACAUCUAACAGGUCAUCUGGCAGCUCGAAAGGCAAACCCAAGGUAGACCCUGUACCUGCUGAUGAUAGUGAGACGGAUACCCCCACAGGGACUAGCUCCCCCCAACCUCCACCAUCGCCCACAAUGUCCGCGUCUGUAGGCAAGGGUCACAAAGCUGUGGAUAAAGCGCAGCAACAAGGUGAAGUCGACCAUGUUUCUGAUGCACCUCCUUCAGGUGCAUAUGCUCCAACACAGCAUCCGCAGGCUAAGGAAUCCAUCCUGAUGAAGACCGAUAUGGUCCCUCCGAAGACAUCGAAAGCACCAAAAGCACCUUCUUCGCCUUAUCUCAGCCCUGCCAACGGUGAUGAGGACACGAUGAUAUUAUCGAGUUCCCCAAGAGUCAGUUUCGGAGGUCCAAAGUCAAUCGAUGUCGAUGAGAUGAUCAAUCGAUUACUAGAUACUGGCUACUCAACAAAGGUAACCAAGGCAGUGUGCCUAAAGAAUGCCGAAAUCACUGCCAUCUGCGCUGCUGUACGGGAGCUUUUUCUUUCCCAGCCGGCAUUGAUCGAAUUGUCUGCUCCAGUCAAAAUUGUAGGCGACGUUCACGGACAGUACACCGAUUUGAUCCGCCUGUUUGAGAUGUGCGGGUUCCCACCUCAAGCCAAUUUUCUGUUUUUGGGUGACUAUGUUGAUCGGGGCAAGCAAAGUCUUGAGACCAUACUACUUCUUCUAUGCUACAAGCUUAAAUAUCCAGAAAAUUUCUUCCUUUUACGAGGGAACCAUGAGUGCGCCAAUGUGACGAGGGUUUAUGGCUUUUACGAUGAGUGUAAGCGAAGAUGCAACAUAAAGAUCUGGAAGACGUUCAUCGACACCUUCAACUGCCUACCAAUCGCUGCCAUCGUUGCUGGAAAGAUUUUCUGUGUCCACGGUGGUCUGUCGCCUAGCCUGACACAUAUGGACGAUAUUAGGCAAAUUGCACGACCAACAGACGUACCAGAUUACGGUUUGCUCAACGACUUACUGUGGAGUGAUCCUGCAGAUAUGGAGAACGAGUGGGAGGCCAAUGAAAGAGGUGUAAGCUACUGUUUUGGCAAGAAGGUAAUAAUGGAAUUCUUGCAGCGGCAUGAUUUCGAUUUGGUGUGCAGGGCACAUAUGGUGGUCGAAGACGGUUAUGAAUUCUUUAAUGAUCGAAUACUUGUAACGGUCUUUUCAGCGCCAAAUUACUGUGGUGAAUUUGACAAUUGGGGAGCGGUGAUGUCAGUUUCUGGCGAGCUCCUGUGCAGCUUUGAGCUUCUCAAGCCCUUAGAUUCGAGUGCAUUGAAGAACCACAUCAAAAAGGGGCGUAACAAAAGAGCCAACAUGCAGCAACUGAACAGCCCCGUAAGCCAGCCUCUCGCUACCAGCGACUAA